UUAAUAAACGCCGUGUCUAUCACCACCUAGGUCUACAGCAACGGGUUGCGUGUGCGCAAGUUAAGAAGCUAGUCUGACACAUGCAGGGUAGAGGACGGACGUCACGAUGGAAGUAUUGUUGUUAUUACUGUUUACUUCCUUGGUCUACCUGACUGAGGCGUAUACCGUCCCUCCUGCUACACUAGAAGCCAUCUACCCUAAGGGCUUGAGAGUGUCAAUACCUGACGAUGGCUUCACAUUAUUCGCUUUUCACGGCAACCUUAACACGGAAAUGGACGGACUCGAAGCUGGCCAAUGGGCGAGAGACAUCGUUACACCCAAAAACGGUCGCUGGACCUUCCGAGACAGGAAUGCCAAGUUGAAACUUGGCGACAAAAUCUACUUCUGGACCUACGUCAUCAAAGACGGACUAGGAUAUAGACAGGAUGACGGGGUAUGGACUGUCACUGAAUUCGUCAACGAAGACGGAACGGUUGUUGAUGCUCUACUGCCGGAGUUCAAUAAUCCAGGUCACGGACCAAACAAAAUUCCCCCAGGCCUAGCGAACAAAUUUCCUCCAGGUCAAAACAAAAUCCCCCCAGGCCAAGCGAACAAAUUCCCCCCAGGACAAGCGAACAAGAUCCCCCCAGGCCAAGCGAACAAAAUCCCUCCAGGUCAAGCAAACAAAUACCCACCCCAACCAACCCAAACAAGCAACCAACCGAACACAAACGUACCCGUUGUAACCGAUACACCUACAAAAACAUGUGUCGAUUCGUUGACCAAAGUGAUGGGUCAACAAACAGUAUGCAAAGGUGAUCUAAUCUUUGACGAAGAAUUCAACGACAACGAUAUCAAAGAGCUCAGAAAUUGGGAAGCUGAAGAGAAGUUUCCUCUAGAACCGGAUUACCCAUUCAACUUGUACGCAAAGGAUGGCACUCUGUCCUUGCGGGAAGGGUCACUGAAGAUCACCCCAGUGCUCACCGAGACCAAGUAUGGCGAAGGCGUCAUCUACGAAGAACUGGAUUUAACGAACACGUGUACGGGCCACAUCGGCACAGCUGAGUGUGACCACAAGGCCAGCGGGCCGGACCUCGUGUCACCAGUGGUGACGGGACGAGUCAACACCAAAAACAGCUUCAGCUUCAAGUUCGGACGAGUGGAGGUGCGAGCGAAAUUGCCGGCUGGGAGCUGGUUGGUGCCAGAGAUCAACCUUGAGCCCCGCGACCGAGUGUACGGAUCCUCUCGGUAUGCGUCCGGCUUAAUACGGAUAGCCUACGCUAAGGGCAACGCGGACGGCGCCAAGUACCUAUACGGAGGGCCGGUUCUGUCCGACACGGAGCCCUACAGAUCCUUCCUCAUGCAGAAGAAACUGGGCCUCGAUAACUGGAACAAGGACUUCCAUAACUACACCCUGGUUUGGAUGCCAGACAGCCUACAACUGUACGUAGACGGUAACAACUACGGCACCAUCAACCCAGGGGAAGGCUUCUACCAGUCCGCGCGGGAGCACGCUGUGCCGCAUGCCGCGCAGUGGCUGAGGGGAACUGUCAUGGCCCCGCUGGAUGAGAUGUUCUACCUAUCACUGGGUCUUCGAGUUGGAGGCAUCAACGACUUCCCCGAUGGUCCCGACAAGCCCUGGGUAAACAAGAACGUCAAAGCUCUCUCCAAGUUCGUAUCGGCGAAAAACAGUUGGUACCCCACGUGGUACAACCCCGAGAUGAUGGUGGACUAUGUGCGAGUAUACGCAUUAAAUGGCUCUAAAAAUACCUGGAAUGGAUACUCUAAGUCCCGUUGGAUAGAUCGCUUCGAGCUUUGCCUGAGGCACUUCGUAGCAAUGAACUCCAACAAACAAAGUAUUGCAAUAUUAUUAGUUCAGGCCUUUAGGUGUAGAGAGGUUGUCGCAUGUCACGUUUAUGUUAAUUUAAUAAAUCAGAGCGAGAUGGUUGCGUUAUUUAUAUUUACUGUUUAUUAUUGUGUGAUACAAGGUGCAAGUUAUGAGGUGCCAAAAGCAAAAAUUGAAGCCAUUUACCCAAAAGGUCUGAAGGUUUCUUUACCUGAUGAUGGCUACUCACUUUUCGCUUUCCACGGAAAGCUUAACGAAGAAAUGGACGGUCUUGAAGCUGGUGAUUGGUCAAGAGACAUUAUUAAAGCUAAACAUGGCAGAUGGACAUUCACAGAUAAAAAUGCCAAAUUAAAAAUAGGAGACAAAAUAUACUAUUGGACUUAUGUUAUAAAAAAUGGACUUGGAUACCGAGAAGACGAUGGAGAAUUUACAGUAACAGGAUAUGUUGACAAAGCUGGAAAUCCAAUAGCGCCUAUAAAUAUAGACGUACCAUCACAGGCCGCGAUAAAAUCUGACACAUCACCACAUUGUCCUACAAUUACUUCCUCAUACGUAACGAAACCUGCUUCGCUCGAUGUCACUACAAAUCUGCCGAACAUAUUGAAACCGAUACCACCAGAAUUGCUACCAACUGCAGCAUCUCCUAUAGCUCCACCUAUAAAUGUGCCACCGAACUGUGUAUUAGUAUGUCAUCCACCUGGCACCAUUUUUGAACCUACCAAACCAAAAAUUGAGGAAUUUCAGCCGGAGCCUUCUAAGAAUGUGCAAAUCGAUCUGAUUGUUCAACACGGUGAACACCCUAUCAAAGGACCUCCUCCGAACCCAUUAAGAUUACCAGGUAUCCAAUCAACACACCAACAAUUAUCCAAAGAUACAAAGAAAGUGCCUCAACGUAAUUUAAGCAAAAAUGAACAUUUGCCUGUAUCAGAACCUUCUAAGAAUUAUAUUUUAGUCAAAGGUCCUCCUCCAAAUCCACUAAGAAUACCAAGUAUCCAAUCAACAGACCAAAAAUUAGAUACAGACGACACAAAGAAAGUGCCGCAACCAAAUUUAAGCAAUUAUGAACCUUUGCACGCACCAGACCCUUCUAAGAAUGUGCAAAUCGAUCUGAUUAUUCAACGUCCUCUCAAAGGACCUCCUCCUAACCCACUAAGAAUACAAAACCUCAGUAUUCAAUUAACAGACCAACAGUUAUUUAAAGACGACACAAAAAUAGUGCCUCAACCAUAUUUAAGCAAAAAUGAACCUUCGCCCGUACCAGAGCCUUCUAAGAAUGUGCAAAUCGAUAUGAUUGUUCAACACCCUGUCAAAGGUCCUCCUCCAAAUCCACUAAGAAUACCAAGUAUCCAUUCAACAGACCAACAGUUAUUUGAAGACGACACAAAAAAAGUGCCUCAACCAAAUUUAAGCAAAAAUGAACCUUCAGGUGUUCAAACAAAUGCAGCUAAUACACAGAAGCCACACACAACGUAUAUUGAAGAAAACGAGAUGAAAAAUGUAACCUGUGAUCCUUCUAUAUCAAAAACAUCUACUUCUGAUAUUAUCUGCAAAGGCCAGUUGAUAUUCGAUGAAGAAUUUAGCACUAAUUAUAAAGACAAUAAUAAAUGGACACCUGAAAUAAAAUUUCCGAGCGAGCCAGAAAACGCAUUUAACGUGUAUCUUGACGAAGGCAACAUCCAAAUGGACGAUGGAAAGUUGCUAAUAAAACCUACUACUUUAGAAUCAAAAUACGGACUGGGAUUCUUAACGCAUUCUUUGGACUUAAAUGCUAUGUGCACGGGUAAAAUUAACACUUCAGAAUGCAUCCGUAGUGCUUCAGGCCCUCAAAUUCUUCCACCAACUAUCACAGGGAAGAUCACAACAAAGAACAGCUUUAGUUUUAGGUAUGGACGUAUUGAAAUCCGAGCAAAAAUGCCUUUGGGCACUUGGCUUGUUCCUGAGUUGCAACUCGAGUCUCGUGAUAACGUCUAUGGAUCCGAAAAUUAUCAGUCUGGUCUGAUGAGAGUGGGCUGCGUAAGAGGAAACCUAAACCUGUCUAAAUAUUUGUACGGAGGACCCAUAUUGUACCCUUCAUAUCCACUCAGAUCGAGAUAUUUAAAGGUGACACAGGGCUUCGAUCAUUUCAGCAAGACUUUCCAUAACUACACCCUAGUUUGGACACCAGACAAAAUCUCAAUGUACGUGGACGGCGAGAAUUACGGGGAGGUCCAACCGGAUGGUAGUUUCUACGAGGACGCCAGCAAAUUCAACGUCACAUUACCUACAAAAUGGCGGGAAGGAACCAAAAUGGCGCCAUUUGAUGAAAUGUUCUACAUCUCCCUCGGCCUGAGCGUCGGUGGUCACCGCGAGUACCCUGAGUCCGUCAGCAAGCCCUGGAGUAACGCCUCUUCUAGAGCCAUGUUCGACUUCUGGAUCACCAAUCCCCUGUGGCUAAACACCUGGUACCAGGAGACCAGCAGCCUGCAGGUGGACUACGUUAGAGUAUACGCUUUAUAGAAUAAUAAAUGGAACCAGUAUAAUAAAC